AUGACGUCCACCGGCUCUGGAUGGGCACAGCUCCGGCAGCAGGCCCGCUCACUCGAGACUCAGACCGAGAAUCUUUUCCAUACGUACGCACAAUUCAGCUCCCUGACCAAGCCCCCACAAACUCCUACAGAGGAGGAACUGCGACUCGAGUCACAGUUGAAAGACCUCCUCGAACGACGUGAAUCGCUCAUCUCACAACUCUCCCGCCUGCUCGACUCUGAAGCAACCCUCACCUCCUCCGCCCUCAAACAGAAUAACCUCGCCCGCCACCGCGAGGUCCUCGCCGAUCACCGCCGGGAGCUCCAGCGCUUGACAUCCGCUAUCGCCGAGUCACGCGAUCGCGCUAAUCUACUCUCCAAUGUCCGUUCUGAUAUCGAUGCCUACCGCGCAUCUAACCCCAGUGCCGCCGAGGCCGACUACAUGCUCGAGGAGAGGGGGCGAGUCGAGAAUAGCCACAACAUGAUGGACGGCGUGCUCAGCCAGGCAUAUGCCAUCAAUGAGAACUUCGGACUGCAGCGCGAAACCCUCACCAGCAUCAACCGACGUAUUGUCGGCGCUGCCAGCCAAGUCCCCGGCAUGAACUACUUGAUGGGGAAGAUUGGGACCAAGAAGCGGCGAGAUGCUAUCAUCUUGGGCUGCUUCAUUGGAUUCUGCUUUCUGAUGCUGGUGUUCUUCCGGUAA